AUGGCAUAUUUGAAAGUUGUACCUCAACAGGGUGACGUUCCCCCGCCUAGAUUUGGACACACAACUACUUCAGUAGGAAGUGGAAAAGUUGUUUUAUUUGGUGGAGCAGUUGGUGAUGUUGGACGAUAUACUAUUACUUCGGAUUCUUUUUUAUAUGAUGUGACUACAAAUCAUUGGACUAAAUUACAAACAGAAAAUCCACCAUCACCAAGAGCAGCUCAUGCAGCAGCUUGUGUAGAAACUAUGCAAGUUGUUAUUUUUGGAGGUGCUACUGGUGGUGGUGCACUUUCAUCUGAUGAUGUAUUAAACUAUAUACCUAUACUUAUAUAUAUAGCUAUGUAUAUUUUAUUUUUAUUGGAUUUGAGACGUGAUAAACAAUUAUCAUGGAUAAUAGUACCAACAACAGGUCGUUCACCAGGUCGUCGUUAUGGACAUACAAUGGUAUUUUCAAAACCCAAUUUAAUAUUAAUUGGUGGUAAUGAUGGACAAAUGCCUAGUAAUGAUGUUUGGGUAUUAAAUGUAGAACAGUCACCAUUCAGUUGGAAUGAAGUUACUUUCUCACCAACUAUACAAUUACCACCAAUACGAGUUUAUCAUUCAUCUGACUUAUGUUGUGAAGGACCAGCAAAUGGUAUGAUAGUAAUAUUUGGUGGAAGAGGUAAUGAAAGUAAAUCAUUAAAUGAUCUUUGGGGUUUAAGACAACAUCGUGAUGGUACUUGGGAUUGGAUUGAAGCACCAAUUAAUUCUGGAAAUAAACCUGAUCCAAGAUAUCAACAUUACAAUAGUAUAGACAGUAUAGACAAUAGUAUAACAUGUUCAUUUGUUGGAUCAAAAUUUGUAAUAUUAGGAGGUAGAAGUGAUUCUGAUUUAAACAAAUCAUUAUCAAUAUCAGUAUAUGAUACUGAAACAUUAGAAUGGUUUAAUAUAUCAACAAUACAAAGAUUUCGACAUUCAAGUUGGCGUUUUGGACCAAAUUUAUAUAUUUUUGGUGGAUUUGCUAAUCAAACACAAAAACAUCCAACAUGUGAAUUAAAAAUUUUAGAUUGUCAAAAGAAUGGUAAUACUGGUGUUUUAUUUCAAAGUUCACCAAAAACCAGAGAAGAAUUUAGAAAACCACAAGAUCGAGAAAUUAGACUCUCAGCACAUGCACACGCAGUACGAGAAUCUGUUUCAGAUUUCUCAUAUCUAGUUCGAAAAAUAUCAAUUGAUCGUCUUGAAGAGGAAGGUAGAAAGAUAAAUAAACCAGAAGCAAGAUCAAGUUUGCAUUGGCAAAAUGAAAAUCCAGAUACAAUAUAUGAUCGUAUUAUAAUGAAACUACUUAAUCCAAAUGAACUCAAAUUUCAAAAAGAUUCAUCCUUUUCUAUUUCAUACAAGGAUAUUAAUACCCUUUUAAAUACUGUGUAUCAUAUUAUUAAAGAAGAGGAGACGGUAUUGAAUUUAAGAGCACCAAUAAAAAUUUAUGGUGAUAUUCAUGGUCAAUAUCAUGACUUGACUAGGUUGUUUAAGUUGUAUAAGAGUCCAUUGGAUGAGUAUUUGGCAGAAGCUUUAUGUUUGGAGGGUGAUAUUGAGUCUAAUGAUUAUUUGUUCUUGGGUGAUUAUGUAGAUCGAGGAUUCAACUCACUGGAGGUUAUUUGUCUUUUAUUUGCUCUAAAGUGUAAAUAUCCAGCACAAAUUCAUCUAAUUCGAGGAAACCAUGAGGAUCCAGCAAUUAACGCAGUUUAUGGAUUCCAAAACGAGUGUGCCCGAAGAUUAAAUGAAGAUGUUGACAAUCCAUUCAGUUGUUGGAAUGCGUUUAAUAAAAUAUUUGAACUACUUCCACUAGGAGCAAUUAUCGAAGGAAGAAUUCUAUGUGUACAUGGAGGUAUCGGUAAAUCCAUUGAACGAAUCGAUGAUAUUCGAUCACUCAAAAGACCCAUUUCUGUUAUUCCAAUACCCGAAUCACCCGAAGAUCAAUUGUUAUUGGAUUUGUUAUGGUCAGAUCCGACAGAUAAUGAUUCGAUGUUAGGAACAGUACCAAAUGAAAUUAGAGACCCAGAUCGUGCUGGUUUUAUAGUCAAGUUUGGACCAGACCGUGUUCUUAAAUUUCUAACAAAUAAUGAUCUACAACUAAUUAUCAGAGCACAUGAAUGUGUUAUGGAUGGUUUCGAACGAUUUGCAGGUGGUCGAUUAAUUACUCUCUUUUCCGCAACAAAUUAUUGUAAUCAUCAUAAGAAUGCUGGAGCAUUAUUAUUUAUAAGAAGAGAUUUAACAAUUGUACCAAAACUUAUUUAUCCAAGUCAAGAUGAAACUUCAUAUGAUUCAUGGGAUAUGAGAAUGAGUGAUACAAGACCACCUACACCUCCAAGAAGCACACCAAUGGCAAGAGAUAUGAUUAUAGAACCCGCUUAA